CUCUCUGGCGGCGGCAGCGCAGGCGGCGGUGGCGGCUACCGGAGCCGGCGCGAAUCCGGCCCCCGCGGCGAGACCCGGGCAGGUCUUGAUGAGCCCCGCCUGGGCCGCAGCCUGCGGAGGAUGGAAACACUCGCCCCAAAAUGUCUCUCGGCCGCCUCCUUCGCCGGGCCUCCUCCAAAGCCUCGGACCUCCUGACCCUCACCCCAGGUGGCAGUGGCAGCGGGCCCCCCUCCAUCCUGGAUGGCGAGAUCAUCUACUCCAAGAACAAUGUCUGCGUGCACCCACCCGAGGGGCUGCAGGGGCUGGGGGCGCACCACCCAGGUUACCUGUGCUUGUACAUGGAGAAGGAUGAGCUGUUGGGUGCCACCCUCAUCCUGGCGUGGGUCCCCAACUCUCGGAUCCAGCGGCAGGACGAGGAGGCCCUGCGCUACAUCACCCCGGAGAGCUCCCCCGUGCGCAAGGCCCCCCGUCCCCGGGCCCGGCGCACCCAGAGCUCGGGGACCCCUCACCAGUCCUCCCCUACGGAGCCGAGGCCCACACUGACCCCCAAAGAUGAGGACAUGCUGGUGGUGGCCCAGAGCUUCCAGGACGCCGUGCACGUCAGCCCUUUGCCAGAGGAUGGGGAGAGGCUGGCCCAGGGCCUGGGGGUGGACGGACCCCUCCUCGCCUCGCAGCCAAUGCACAGUGACUCCAGAAUCUUGUCCACGGUCAGUUCGCAGGAUGGAACCGAGGAGGGGCGGGAGGCGCAGCCCGAGGCCGCGGAGGAGGAGGUCUCCCUGGAGCUGUCGGCCGAGGGCGUGAGCAGGGACAGCUCCUUUGACUCGGAUUCGGACGCCUUCUCCUCGCCCUUCUGCCUCUCGCCGAUCAGUGCGGCCCUGGCGGAGAGCAGCAGCUCCGUGUUUCUGGACAGCGAGGGCAGAGAAAUGUGUUGCCAUCACAUGACCUGCUCCACCAGCUCCCCCUCCAGCUUGGACACCAACCUGCGCUUCCCGGACAGCAACGGCCUCCUGCAGACCCCGCGCUGGGACGAGCCACAGCGGGCAUGUGCCCUGGAGCAGAUCUGCGGCGUGUUCCGUGUGGACCUGGGGCACAUGCGCUCCCUGCGCCUCUUUUUCAGCGAUGAGGCCUGCACCAGCGGCCAGCUAGUUGUCGCCAGCAGAGAGAGCCAGUACAAGGUCUUCCACUUCCACCACGGUGGCCUGGACAAGCUGUCCGACGUGUUUCAGCAAUGGAAAUACUGCACCGAAACGCACCUCAAGGACCAGACCGUCCAUGAAAAGACACGCAUGCAGUUCUCAAUCCGGCGUCCCAAGCUGCCAUCCUCGGAGACCCACCCUGAGGAGAGCAUGCACAGGAGGCUGGACGUGUCCGCCUGGCUCAGCCACCUCAACGAGCUGGGCCAGGUGGAGGAGGAGUACAAGUUGCGGAAGGCCAUUUUCUUUGGUGGCAUUGAUGUGUCAAUCCGGGGAGAGGUCUGGCCCUUCCUGCUGCGCUAUUACAGCCCCGAGUCCACGUCGGAGGAGCGGGAGGCGCUGCGGGCCCACAAGCGCAGGGAGUACGCUGAGAUCCAGCAGAAAAGGCUCUCCAUGACUCCCGAGGAACACAGAGCAUUCUGGCGCAACGUGCAAUUCACUGUGGACAAAGACGUGGUUCGGACAGAUCGGAGCAACCAAUUCUUCCGAGGGGAAGGCAACCCAAACGUGGAGAGCAUGAGGAGGAUCCUGCUGAACUACGCUGUGUACAACCCAGCCAUCGGCUACUCCCAGGGCAUGUCGGACCUGGUGGCGCCCAUCCUGGCCGAGGUCCUGGAUGAAUCAGACACCUUCUGGUGCUUUGUCGGUUUGAUGCAGAACACGAUCUUCGUCAGCUCUCCUCGGGAUGAGGACAUGGAGAAACAGCUGCUGUACCUGCGGGAGCUGCUGCGGCUGACGCACCUGCGUUUCUACCAGCACCUGGUCUCGCUGGGCGAGGACGGUCUGCAGAUGCUCUUCUGCCACCGCUGGCUCCUGCUGUGUUUCAAGCGGGAGUUCCCCGAGGCCGAGGCGCUGCGGAUCUGGGAGGCCUGCUGGGCCCACUACCAGGCUAGCCCUGAUGAAGGCAAAGGUGCAGCGACAGAAACGGGCAAGCGCCUCUCCAAGCCUUGGCAAACACCGCACCCACUGGUCAAAGCAGGUCAUGAGGCUAGACUCAUCAUCAACAGUGGGGAAGUGGACCCUCCCCUGUAGUGUCCCCUCUGCACAGUUGCAGGGCAGAAGGCUGAGGAUUUGGAGGGUGAAGAGCUGGGACUGUUGUGACCAUCAGCCUACCACCGCCGGGAUGUCUUGGUCCAAGUUACACUGCUUGGGAACAGUCCUUCCCUGGAGAGGCAGAGUGCUCCUCCCGCACCUUCUCCAGCGGGUUAGUGUCCCUGUGUUUUAGGUGAUACCUGUGCCUUUGGGCUGCUCUGUUUGGGUGGUAGGGGGGUGGGGGAAGCAGAUCCAGAGAUCCACUCACUUUGGAGGGUCCUGGGUAGAGAGCAUUCAUUCUGAGUCUCCCAGUUCCCCUGGUCCCACCCCAAGCUGACCCAAACCAACCAGCCACAUCUUCAUACCAGGUGCCCCCCGCCCCUCACUGUUCCCACCUCCUGCUCCCCGUGGGCUGGUGUGGGCCCCGAGAGAGCCACACCUCUCAGACCAGCCAGGAUCUCAGAAGCCUAGGUCGGGUGUGUCAGGCUCGGCGAGGAGAUGCUGCUCAGAAGGGGACGCAGAACCUGCCUCUUCUGCGACUCCCUUAAUCUGGAUGCAAUUAGAGGAAACCAGCCAGAAACCCUGCGGCAGCUGUUGUCCCAGGAUUAUUCCCAGCCAGCAAAAGGCAUUAGGGUGAUAAUUCAGUCAUUAGACUUCUAGCCUUCCCACCGCCAGAACGUGCAAAUAGGGGAUAAUCAGCCCUGCACGGCCGUCCUCAGCAAUGCUGUUUAUUUAACCCAUUUUUUAAAAUGACACUUAAUGUUAUUGGCUGGCGGACGUGUGCACGCAUACUUAAAAGUUGAAGCAGGUCUGGCCCCACUGCUAAUGUCAGCGCUGACGUUGCACUGGGUCGCUUGGGGCCUCUGGGAGGAGAGGGCGCCUUUGGUGUGCAUGUGCUGGCACCAAGGGGCAGCACGGUGGGGCUGGAUGCUGGGUGCAGGAAGGUCCCGCUCGCCCCUCCCAGCUCACUCUCCCAGGGAUGAGGGGACCACGAUGGGAGGAAGUUGGGCCUGGGAGGGUGGGGGACAAUCGAACUGGGGAGCUGGUGCGUCUGAGGUUGGGUGAGCACUUGGUGGUCUGGGCUGGAAUAGGGGAACCUGGUGUCUUUGCCGGGGUGCAGAGGGGAACAGUGUGCUAUUCCAGAACGUUCUGACUCAAGUUCCAUCCAGGAAGACUUGGAGCUCUCAAGUCAUGGGCCAAGUAGAGAGGGAGGGCCCUUAGCCCACCUGUGCAGAGGAGAAAGGUCUGGAGUCCAGAAGGGGCAGCUCUGUGAGCAGCCCUAGGCUUGGACGCCACCAGCAGAUAGCAUGGCAUCAUUCCCGACCAGCCGAAAUGCUGGGCAGGAGGGAGGUUUUUAAACCCAGGACAGGGAGGACCUCAACCCCUUAUCUUUGGAGUUUUCUGUAACAGCUCAGUCUGAAGCCUUCUUGGGGUGGGCAGGGCAGUGGGGCAGGAUGCAGGUGCUGGUUCUGAAACGAGGGCUUCUCCUUGGGCUGUGUGGCAGCAGCUGGCACAUGUCAUCGAGCUCUGACCUUUGGUGGGGGCCGCGAGGAACAGAGCGUGGGGGAUGGGAACAAGGAAAUGGGGUAAGGACUGUAGAGCACGGGGGGUCGGGCGCGGCCUGUACGGUCCCUCCCAGCCCUCUUGUCUGAUUCUUGUUUGGCAGGAGCAACCUGGAGGGGGCAGCCCCUAGGGCAAGUCCACCCACGGCGGUGCCAUGCAAAGCUUUUCUCCUUGUUCAGCCUCCCCUUCCCCCUGCAGAGAGGCUGGAGGGUGUCAGGGAUGCCCCGAGCUUACCAGGCAGAGAAAGGAAGUACCUUCCCGGAUGUCUGCUGAGCGCAGGCCCCUGGAGGCCACCCUGACUCAGAGAACGGAGGAGGGGGUCCCCUGGGAAAACUUGCACUAGUGCAGAGGAGGGGCCUGGCUGCCCCGCUGGGCCACGAUGGAGGGGACCAGAAGGUCGGCCUGCCCCCAUCCCUGGAGUCCCUGGGGAAUCAGACACCCCGGGGCCCUAUUAGUCCUGUGUUUCUGAGGCAGGCUGCAAGGCCCUGCCUUGGCGUGAAAACCUUCUAUCCCUGCAGUCCCCAGCUCAGAGGGAACCACCCCAAAACUAAAAAGCUAAUACCCCAAAGUUUGUGAAGCCUGGGGACAUGGUCCCCUAAGGUUGGGACACAGUGCUAUGGAUGAAAGAGCCCUUACCUAGGGAUGGGGACCUGGCCUCGUGCUGCUGCCUCCACCCCUCCCCAGGUGUGCAGCCUUCCGCCUCCCCCUGCCUCAGUUUCCUCACCUGUGACAGAAUAACACCACCUGUCCAGGCUCCCUCCCAGGACCGCUGUGGGGAGUCUUCGUGCAAAAGCUGUCAGGAGGAUGGUUCACCACGUCCCAGGAGCCUCACGUGCCACUCAGGGA